AAUUAAAAAAAAUUGGAGAGGGGUAUAGUAUACUUUAUUAAUUUUCCUUUUAAUUUUUUUUAAAAAAGUUUAAUUUGGGGCAGCAGAUCGGGUAAUUGAUGUCCACACUCUCUCACAUUCUCUCUCCUCCUUUCUCUUUCAAACACUCUCAUCUCAUCUCCAAUCCUCUCUUAUCUUCUUCCCCCACUCUCUCUUAAACUUAAACCUUCACUUUCUUAAUUUAAACCCCUUUCUUUCUUUCCUUUUUUUUUACUUAUCUCUCUAAAUACUUUCUGUAUUUUACAUAUUCUUUUUUAAAUGAAAUAGCCUGGGAAAAAAAAAUAUUGUUUAAAAAAAAAAAAAAACUUUUUUAAGUUUAGUUUUAGUGUUAGUUUUCUCUCUCCGACCAAAUUCUAUCAUCAUCAACUCCCAAAACCCAGAUCUUCUGUGCAAUUAAUUUAGGAAUUCUACCACCCUUUUUUAAAAAAAACACAGAAAUGGAAUUUGAAGACGAACAUGACGAAGAGCAAGAGGAGGAGGAAGACGAUGAAGACGGAAUUCCCAUACCACCCCCGUCCGCAGUUGUGGUCCCACAGAGUUACGACCCAAUUGGCGGUGGAGUUAACUCGAUGCCGAGUCGACCCCGAGUUUUGAGCCCAGCUAGUGGAGUUGGCGGUGGUGGAGGUGGAGAGAGAAGAUCCGUUGUGGUGAGGUAUAGAGAAUGCUUAAAAAACCACGCGGUAAACAUAGGUGGAAACGCGGUGGACGGUUGCGGUGAGUUUAUGGCGGCGGGGGAAGAAGGCACGCUAGACGCUUUGAAAUGCGCCGCCUGUAACUGUCACCGCAACUUCCACCGCAAGGAGACCGACAUCAGCGGCGAGAAUAUAAACACAACUCCAACAACUCAAUUCCCACCAGGAGGUGGUGGUGGAGCAACACCUGGAAGUACAAUGUACCCGCAAUUCUCACCGUACUACAGAACACCAGCUCCGCCAGUAUCCGGUUACCACCACCCUCACCCACUCCGUCCCAUCGCCGUACUCCCCUCGAACUCGGGUGGGACACACAGCGGGGAUAUGGCGGACGAUAUGUCCCACCCCAGCAGCAGCGGCGGCGAGGGGAGGAGCGGCGGCGGAAUUGGUGGAAGUGGCGGAAGUGCAAUGAUGAUGGUGCCGAAAAAGAGACACAGAACUAAAUUUAGUCAAGAACAAAAGGAUAAGAUGCUUGCAUUUGCUGAGAAAGUUGGUUGGAGAAUUCAGAAACAUGAUGAAGCUGCUGUACAACAAUUCUGUGCUGAAAUUCAAGUUAAGCGUCAAGUUCUCAAAGUUUGGAUGCAUAACAACAAGCACACUCUCGGACAUUGAUGAUGAUGAUGUACUUAGCUUCUUGGUGGUGCUGCCCAGUACUUUAGGAUGAGGAAUUUUGAGAAUUUGAGUUUGAUUCUUAAUUAUUAUUAUUAUUAUUAUUGACAUUAAAUUAUUAUUACGAAUUAUUAUUAUUAUUAUUAUUAUUAUUAUUAUUAUUAUU